AAUUAUCAUGAUUGCGUGGCCACGACCCUGCAGGCAUGCAUAUCUCACAUGAACUUUGGAGCUGACCUCCAUGCGUUUGUUAAGUGUCUGAACACCCCUUACUGCACAGACAGAAGAGCAUCUGCCGCUGUUCACUUUGCACAAACUCUGGCUCUUCUAAACACUUUCAACAGUCUCUGAGAGCCGCGCAGCAGGUAUGGCAGAGCCCAGCGGGAUCCUGAUCAAAGGGGGUAAAGUUGUGAAUGAAGACUGCUCCGUGGUCAGCGACGUUUACAUUGAAAAUGGGAAAAUAGUUGAAGUUGGACAGAAUCUUCAGAUCCCAGGAGGGGUGCGAGUCAUUGAUGCCGCCGGUAAACUGGUGAUCCCGGGCGGCAUCGACACGCACACACACAUGGAGCUGGCGUUCAUGGGCACCAAGGCUGUGGACGACUUCCAUAUCGGCACCAAGGCCGCUGUAGCAGGAGGGACCACGAUGAUCAUGGACUUUGUCAUCCCCCAAAAGGGAAAGUCUCUCCUGGAGGCCUACGACUGUUGGCGUAAGACAGCUGACCCCAAAGUUUGCUGUGACUACUCGCUGCACGUCGCCGUCACAUGGUGGAGUGACAAGGUCAAAGAAGAGAUGCAGACACUGACCAAAGAGAAGGGAGUCAAUUCCUUUAAGAUGUUUAUGGCCUAUAAAGAUGUGUUCAUGCUGGAGGACUCUGAGCUAUAUGCUGCCUUCUCUCGGUGUAAGGAGAUCGGAGCUAUAGCUCAGGUGCAUGCUGAGAACGGAGACCUGAUUGCAGAGGGGGCUAAGAAGAUGCUGUCUUUGGGCAUCACGGGGCCCGAGGGCCAUGAGCUGUGUCGGCCGGAGGAGGUGGAGGCAGAGGCCACCCAGAGGGCCAUCACCAUCGCCCACGCCGUCAACUGCCCGCUGUAUGUGGUCCAUGUCAUGAGCAAAUCAGCCGCCAAGGUGGUGUCUAAUGCGCGCAGAGACGGGCGUGUGGUGUUCGGGGAGCCUAUUGCAGCUGGAUUGGGUACAGACGGUACUCAUUACUGGCACAAAGAGUGGGCCCAUGCUGCUGCUUUUGUCAUGGGUCCUCCACUCAGACCUGACCCCAGCACCCCUGGGUACCUCAUGGACCUACUGGCCAAUGAUGAUCUCAGCGUGACAGGGACAGACAACUGCACCUUCUCUGUGUGCCAGAAGGCUCUUGGCAAAGACGACUUCACCAAGAUCCCCAACGGAGUGAACGGAGUGGAGGACAGGAUGUCUGUCAUCUGGGAGAAAGGAGUGCACAGUGGCAAAAUGGACGAAAAUCGAUUUGUAGCUGUCACCAGCAGCAACGCAGCGAAAAUCUUCAACUUCUACCCGCAGAAAGGCCGCAUUGCCAAGAACUCGGAUGCUGAUGUGGUUCUAUGGGACCCCAAGAUGACAAGGAAGAUAUCGGCCAAGACCCACCACCAGGCUGUGGACUACAACAUCUUCGAGGGCAUGGAGUGCCACGGUGUCCCCGUCAUCACCAUCUCUGGAGGCAAAGUGGUCUAUGAGCAGGGGCGGUUAACGGUGUCACCAGGGCAUGGCAAAUUCAUCCACAGAAAACCCUUCUCUGAAUUUGUUUACAAAAGAAUCAAGCAAAGGGAUCAGGUGGGGGAACCUACAGCUGUCAUCAGAAAGCCCUAUGAAGGCAAAGUCAUUUCUGUAUGAAGAACUGACCCAGAACAUGAAAGGCACUUUGAAUCUCCAGCUGUGUGUCUCCAGUACAAUCCAGGAGCUACCAUAACAACUGAAUGCUGUCUCACUGAUAAACCUGCUCGGAGUGGCUUCUACAUGUGACUUGUUUUAACAAUUUUUUGUUUGUCAUGCAUAUAUUAUUCAGUAAUUUAAAUCACUGUGUGCAGUAAAAGCGGUGAUUGAUCUUUAGGUCAACUCUGAUCAACACCAAGGUCAACGUACUGUUGGCAGAUAAUACCUUUGUUAUAUUUGUUCAACUGUGUGUGGUUUCCAGGUCAGCUCUGCUCAGUACACAGGUCAGUAGAACCCACUGUGCUGCUGGAAAUUAUAUUUGCUCUAACAUACAUUAUGCAAUCAAGAAAUUCGCUGUAAGGAAAGGAAAUGUAAAAACAGCAAAUGUAGAAAAAGAGAUCUUUCAUCAUUUUUAUACUGACUUUUAUAUUGACACACAACAUAUUACAAAAUUAUUUUUUAAAACUGGCUUUAGUUGGGAAUGUGCCUUAUUCCUGUCUUACUGGGCAUUUUUUAAAUGUUCCCAUUUUCCUGAAUGGUUGUUGCCAUUGGUAACAGGACUGAUGUUUUUCACCCAAAAGCACCCUUCCUUUAGAUGAGAUAUUCCUUAAAAUGCAGUGACACAAGUAUUAAGAUUUACUUUGUUGACCCAGAUGGACUCGGUAUUUGCAUAUUCAGCGGGAUCACACAUUAUCAUAUGCACACCAUCUAUGCCCAUGUAUGGACUGCAUUCAUUCCUUCCCAUGGUAAAAAGGUCUGUGGCUGUCACCGAGCAUCAUGUGGCAGCUUCCCAUUGGGCUGGCAUGCUGGCGUGGUAUUAUGCCACAGGGCUAGUUGAGACAUAAUGUGAGCUUAUCAGGUUGCCACACGGGUCAGUGGCAGUGUGUGAGUCACAGGAGAAGGCCUACUCAUCCUUGAGCUGUACCACUUCCUUCCUCUUUCCUCUGACAAUGGAAGGGAUGGUGUGGGAUUUUACAAUCGAGACCGUGUGAAAAUGGUGAAGUAUGUCUAUUGAACAAUUGUAGUUUUUGAAUAUCAAGGACGAAUACAUUUUUUAAUGGAAUAAAGUUUAUGUAAUAAUUCAUACUGAAUCAACAUAAUUCCAUUCAUAUUACUAUGUCAACGUCAGUUAUUUUAGCAAAGUUGAAAAAACUUAAUUCAAACUGGAAUGUCAUUGCUUUGACCACAUAUGAGAGUGCAAUAUAUUAAGUAAUUUCUUCAUUCAAAUUCUACUCAUUUAGACCAAUUUCAAUGUGCUGACUGAUGAAAUAUCGCUCUUCUACACUCUGCAGGGAAGCAUUAUACAUAGAGGUAAAAUACAGAAGCCUGCCUCUGUAGUUUAGCUUAUGAGAAGCUGUUUGGUGCUCUAAGACAAAUACAGUCCAUAAUCCAUAACUGCAAACCUAAACUUGAGGUAUAAUGUAAAAUAAAACAUACAAGUAGUUUAUUUAAAUGCCUCCAACAAGAACUUUUUUUUUAUAUACUGUGAAUAUUUGGUUAGUAUUAGUUAUCUCAUGGAUUACGCUCACUGUUUGGGUAGAUUCAUCAUAGAAUACUGUCAUCUGCCUUGUUAUAUAAUGAACAUGAUGUAAUAUAAUGUGUGUAAUAACUCUGACAAGAAAAAAGGACAUUUCUAGUUGCUGAGUGUUCAUUGAGGCUAAACUGAAUUAAAUUAUAAUUUCUUGA